CUCGAAGACGCGAUUGUGCUACAACUAAACCUUUCAACUUUAACAAAGCGCUAAGAUUACAAGUUCUCAACGGAUACAAGAGCAGAAGUAGAUUAGAUUCUAAGUCAAUGCCUACAUUUACAGGACUCACUUUAUCGCACGAAUGCCUACUCGAACACAUGAUUCCACGUCGCAUUCGCGAUCACCAUCGCCGCCCUCAAGAGCCACACCGGCGCAUCGAAACUUAGCGGUCAGAGAACGGGAUUCAAGUCGCUCCACAUCUGGGGCCAAGAGGAAGAGAGCGGACACAAGAAACGGAGAACCAGCGAACCAUCGAAGACGGACCGUUGAACCUACAGCCGACAGUGAAGACGAAGAGGAAGAUGAGGAUAUCUACGAUCCUGACCAGCCACUGGAGGAGCGCCGCAGAGUUCAGCAGGGCUUCAGAGACUUGCUUCGCGAUGUGACGGAGAACACCGAGGAAUACUUACAAGGGGACUCGCGAGGGCUUCAUGAGGCCAUUCUCCGUGCCGAUGAACUAUCGAAGAAAGUCAGACAGACUACGGAAGCCACAAUUGACUCACGGCUACUCGUUAGCACUACCGACUUAUCUUACCGAAAGACUUUGAGACUCACACAAGGCAGCCUCUCUCAAGGCAUCGAUGUUGAUGAGUUUGUUUCAAAAUGCAUCACAUAUAUGAGACAUGGUCGAGGAAUUAUGGACGAUAAUGCACCCGAGCUCUCGAGCACCCAACGUCAAAGAAGAAGGACCACAAGAGGGGAUGAAGAUGGCGAGGACGAUAUCGGGGACGAGGGCGAUAUGAUGAAUUGGCCACAUCUUGGCCGUUUUGCCAGCUUGCCUUAUAUCAAGCGUCCCGCCCUCCCCGGGUUCCUCCUUGGGCCUCUGUCGGUCGAGAAGAAGGCUCGCAAGAUUACAAAGCGAAGUGCGCCCUUCAGACCUAACAAUUUGACUGAGACGCGUCCCGAAGUGCUCAAUGUCGAGGAUCUGGCCAAGAAGGAGAACGAUCUCACCGCGAUUUGCGGCAAGAUUCUUCAUCAAUUACAAACUCUCCAGGCGAACAUUCAGGGAACUGUGGCGGACCUGAUUGAUGAGACUAUGGAUGAUGAGGAACAGAACAAGAUUAUGCAUCAACAUGGCCUUCGGAGCACCGGUGGCAUUGACUUGAUGCGGUUCGUUGUGAAUCCCAAAUCAUUCGGCCAAACCAUCGAGAACAUGUUCUAUGUCAGCUUCCUUGUCAGAGACGGCAGAGUGAAGAUCGACUUUGAUGACUUCGAUUUACCAGCGCUUGAAAUCAUAGAGAGAGAUGUCGAGGGAGAGGAAGAAGAGCCGACACGACACGGGGCAGCGAAACACCAAGCAAUUCUUUCCAUGGAUAUGGAGACCUGGCAGGACAUCAUUGACACAUUCGACCUCAAGGAGCCCAUGAUUGCUCACAGAAAGGAGGUGACGACUUCGGGACCUGGUGCGCGGGGUUGGUAUAGCUGAGUGGGAAAGGGGAAGCAUGGAAAGACAUGCCGAGUCUUUCAAAUCCAUGAUUCAUUGUCUUGAAACACACGGAAUCAUCUUGUUUGCAUGUGAGAUACCUACCAGGUAGUGGUUCGGAGAUGGCCAACAUGGUGUUGUGCACAGGCCCUUAGCAAGCAAACCCUUUUUCUUUGUUCUUGCUCUUCCCUGACCUCUGUUGUCGGGGCGGUAAUGAAGAAAUGCUCGAUUGACGGCGAUGAGCCUUUGUGUAAGACUGUCAGCCCACGGCAAAAGGCGUGCGCCUCGUUCUAUUUCUGACACAUUGCAAACAGUGUCAAAGAGAAGCGUCCGAGUCAAGGAAUCUGAAUAGACAAAGGCAUUCCAUGCAGCUGCAAGCCGCUUGUUUAAUCCCUUCAUAACUUCCUCGCACGCCUCGUGUCCCUGGAUCGAGCAUUAGCGACUGUUUCGAUAAUCCUUUUCACAUUGUU